AUGGACACCACGGCCACCAUGCUGCUGUACGGCAGUAAGCCUCCCACCCCGGAACACCUCCCUAGCACCCCUGUUAAGCCUUCUGAGUGGGGGGCGCCUCCCCACGCGGACCCCUGGACCCCCACUGCCAACCUCAGGAUGCUCAUCAGUGCUGCCAGCCCUGACAUCCGCGACAGAGAGAUGAAGAAGGUUCUGUUUAGGCCCAUUGAGAAUGAGAGAGCAGUGGAGGAUGUCGAGGUGGAUGGCCCGUGCCAGUAUCAUGCUGUAGAAGAGGGGGAAAGGAAGCCCAGCAGGAAGCAGAAGAGCCUGGGCCUGCUGUGCCAGAAGUUCCUGGCCCUGUAUCCGGACUAUCCAACUUCUGACACCAUCAGUAUCUCAUUGGAUGAGGUGUCUACCAGCCUGGGGGUGGAGCGGCGGCGGAUCUACGACAUCAUAAACGUCCUGGAGUCUCUGAUGAUCGUAGGGCGCGUGGCUAAGAACCAGUACGUGUGGUACGGGCGGCGGCGCCUGGGGUCCACCCUGGCCGAGCUGCAGGGGAUGGGCAGGCAGCAGCGCUACCACCUGCACAUGGAGCAGGCCGGGGAGGGCGGUCACAGAGAGGGAGCCACCACACACACCCCAGAGGGAGGGGAAGGAGACUCCACGGCCGCCAGCACCAGGAAAGACAAGUCCCUACGCAUCAUGAGUCAGAAGUUUGUCAUGCUCUUCCUGGUGUCCAGGACCCAGACGGUCACUCUGGACGUGGCCGCCAAAAUCCUCAUCGAGGAAAGCCAGGACCCCGCCAGCCACAGCAAGUACAAAACUAAGGUGCGGCGGCUGUAUGACAUCGCCAACGUCCUGACGAGUCUGGGAUUGAUCAAGAAGGUCCACGUCCGGGAGGAGAGGGGGAGGAAGCCUGCGUUCAAAUGGAUCGGCCCGGCAGACUUCCACAGCAGCCAUGAGGACUCGGAAGCUGUGGCGGCCAUCGCUCUUCCGGGUGGCAGGAAACAGAAGCUGGCACGCCAUGCCUCCUUCAGUGUGGUGCCCACCUCUGUGGCCAGCCAACGCCGUGUCAACUCGGCGCCCAGCAGCCCACGCAGAGAGUCAGUGGACUAUUCCAGAAGGUGUGUGAGCAGCAGCGCGGUGUGCCGGCUGCAGUUUGGAACCACUGUUACAGGUGUCUCCCACCCCAGCGGCGGACUUCAGAGCCCCACCCACAGUGACGGCAACUCCCUGCUCUGCUCCCCGGGCCUGGCCCCCCUGGCCGUGCCCGUCCACCCAGAGGGUUCAUACGUGGGACCCCUGUCCCCACAACCCCCAUUUCCCCCCCAUCCCCACCACAUGGCGUAUCUACCCAGCCUGUCCCAGGCCUCGGUGGUCAUGCUGUACGGAGGUCCGGCGGCGCAGGAUGGGCUUGACUGCUUUACCACGGAAGUUCAAAGGUCACCGGGGUCAGGGUCCAGAGAGAGCAUCCUGGGGAAGAGGAAGCAGGAUGAAGGAGUGGAGGAGAAGAGGGAGUCGCCUGAGACGGAGCUAUCUGAUAGG